AUGCGAAAGCUCUGGAAUCCUCAGGCCGAUUUCGAAACUCUGGAUAUCGGGCAUGGUUUUUUCAUAGUGAAAUUUGAAAUGAUGGAGGAUUAUUCCAAGGUGUAUAUGGGAGGACCAUGGGUCAUGAUGGACCGGUAUGUGACAGUUCGUAAAUGGCAAGCCGAUUUUAAAUCGAAUGAAGCAGAGGAGGACACAACCGCAAUCUGGGUUAGAUUUCCUAAUCUCCCUAUUGAGUACUAUGAUGAAAAAGUUCUUUACCAUAUAUCAAAGGCGCUUGGGAAACCUCUAAAGAUUGAUAUUAACACUGCCAUGGCAGCACGUGGGAAGUAUGCCCGAGUAUGUAUUGAAAUAGACCUGAGGAAACCGCUCAUAUCCCAUAUUACUAUUGGCAGAUAUCAUUAUAUUGUAGAAUAUGAACAUCUACACCUGCUGUGUUUCUCGUGCGGCCGUGUUGGUCAUCGGAAAGAAAAGUGUUUUGAAUUUCCGAUGAUGCAACCGGGGAAGACAACACAAAAUGUGACCGUUAAUCCAUCAAACGCGGAUACUGAGCCAGGUCCAUCAAAAACCACUAGGCCAAAGAAGAAGGAAGUAUGUAUUGAGGCAGAGAAUGGAGGUUAUGGGCCAUGGACUCUAGUUACCACCAAACGAAAAUUCCAACAAGGAAAAUCAAAGCCGAAGGCCCACUCUUAUAAGAGUAAUCGUUUUACAGGACUGCCACUGGACCAAGACCAAGGAGAAUCAAGUGGAGACCCAAACAAAAGUGAAGCCCAGGAGAAAUAUGUAGACCUCAAUCUGGAACCCCAACCCACAUCAACGUAG